AUGAACUCUCAACAUUGCACAGUGUGCAGUGCCCCCAGAAGCCGCCCCUGCAAGCAGUGCGGAAGUGCUGGGUACUGCUCCCAAAAAUGUCAAGAAGCAGAUCUACCAACCCAUCAGCUUCCUUGCGAAUCCUUCUCCCAAUUCGAUCUAUUCAGUAGACCGAGCGAUAAACACUUUCUGGCCAUCCACUUCCCAGUCGAUGAGGAAAAGCCUAAGUUCUUCUGGCUUCAAUGUGCCUGGGACGACAGAGAUCAUAAUGAAUCCAACCAGUAUCCCGAUGACCGUUCAAUUCCUAGACUCGACUCUGCUAUCGAGCAGGAGAUCCUUCGUCGUAGUUACACGUGCGAAAAGCCCUUGUCAGACACGCUGUUCGUUGCCUACCGCGAACAAUUCAAAACAGAUGGAUCGAAACUCAACACCAGCAUCACGGCCAUCACAUAUAAACAACCCAUGAAACCCUACGAGUGGAAAGGUCCGGUGGUGGCCUAUGCCAAGAAGGGACAAGGACUCGAGCACCGCUCUUGCAAAGAUAUCGAGAUGAGUGACUUCAAAGAUAUCGCCGAUUACUUCAAAAUCUACAGAGCAGGCGACGAUGACUUCAGAAUGUUGAGAGUUUUCGAUGGUCUCCAAAUCCAGCAGCCAGCUCAAAAGCCAAACCAAAAACCGACUGAGCAACCAGCCCAACAGCAGCCCAACAGUCCAGUAACAGCCGUCGAAGGAGUCCGAAUAAACUGUUUUGGCGACCAAAAGAUCUUGAACAGACCAGCCUUUGAAUCCGUCGUCCUAUCAUCCAACGACCCUAUCUUCUCCGGACACUUCACCUCUGACAUCGCCGCAAGCAUCGGUAUCCCAAUCUUCACUCGCCACCUUCCGCACGAUCCAAAAUGGGCCAAAGACCCCCGACCAGCAGCCCACGACGGACGCAGUCCUUUCGUGAACCAAUAUGCCACAUUCCUCCAUCUCUCGCUCAACCCCUCCAAAGACACCUGGCCCUUGGCUGCGGACGAUUGGCGGAGCAGGGGAGGCAGCGCCAUCAUCGUUCGGCAGGACAAGAAACCGCUAUUACCGAUCGAUGCAGAGGCGUUGUGCAGAUACUGUCAGUUUGAGGUUCUUCCGCUUCUCAGUCACUCUUUGGGGGAGUACGAUUGUGAGCGGCCGAUGGAGAAGAGUCUUGUUUUGAGCAUGAUAUGUCGUCCUGUGUUUGAAAUAUACUGGCACAAGUUGGCUGAUGAACGGAAGGUAUCCACGGUCCGUGGUGCUCCUUAUUAUAAUGACUGA